AUGGUCGGGAAGGCCAAGACCAUCUAUAGCAGCCUCCGCAAGGAGCACGUUUCAACGAGCGCGACGAUUCGGACCGUCGACGAUCGCUACGAUGACCUCACGUUUGUCAUCGCGGACAAGGGUAUGACGCGCGCCGACUGCGAAGCACGCCUGGCGCGGUUGGACAAGAUCAAGCAAGCCGUGGCGCCCCGCAUGGAGGUUUUCCACUUUGUACCAUCCGUCGCCGAUGCAGACGAUCUGGCGCUCGUUCUCGAGUCGGACGCAGCGCUCGAGACGCUGUCGCGGACCGAUGCAGCGCGCCUUCGCAGCCUCGCGGCGCUGCACGGAUCAUUUGGCGACGACAAGCAAGCAAAAAUCGCUGCUGCCGCGCGCCUGUGCUAUCGCCUCGAACACGUCGAGCGCGAGUUCGAGAUUUGUGAGAGUCUGGGCCUCGGACGCAAGGUGCUGCGGGCCAUCAACGCGCAAGAACGUGUCCGGCUUCGCGCGCAGUUGGACUCGCCGUGGGCCAAAGUAAGCUCGAUGGACGACGUCGUCUUUAGCGAAGAAGAAGCCGCAAAGCGUCGCCUGCGCAUCUUGCACAAGCUCGAGGCCAAGGGGACGACGCGUCGCUGCAAGUGCUGCACGUACCGCAAGCACGCGCCGCGCUACACAUCGCGCAAGGACUGUCGCGACGUGACACGGCUCCGUGUCCGCGAUUGGGCGACCGAAGACAAUGACAUUGACGACGAUGUCGCUAAUGCUUUUUGUCACGACGAGGACGAGGAUGAAGAUAUGCGCUGCUGGCAAUGCGACACUGACGCAGAAAACACGGAUAGGAUUGAUGGUAGCACGUUUGCGGGUGCUGCAACGUAG